CUCACUAAAAAGAAGGAAAAGUCAAACCGGGAAGUUUAUUCCCGGACGGAGGGAGUAAUUUUUUUCAUAAAGAGACAAGUUUUAUGGAGAAAGUAUCUUUUUUUACCCGGUCAAACGACUCAACACCCUUUCAAGUUUCAAGCACCUCUCAUCUUCCAUUAAUUCCACCAUACACCAUAUUCCUCUCCAUCUCUCUCUCUCUCUCUCUGAAGCUUUCUCAAUAAUUCAUCCAUGGCGGCGUCCUCAUCAGAGGCACCCCCACCCCCUGAUGAACAACAACAACAACAACCACCCUCUCAAAGCCCCCUCCCUUACAAGACAUGGGUUUUGAAAGUUCCAGUCCAUUGUCAAGCAUGCAAAAGAAAAGUCAAGAAGGUCUUACACACCGUUGAUGGAGUUUACAUAACAGAGAUUGACGAAAAGCAGCACAAGGUGACGGUGACCGGAAACGUUGAAGCCGACACCUUGAUUAAGAAGCUUCUCCGCUCUGGCAAAACCGCCGACCUUUGGCCGCCGCCGGAGAAUGACAAGAAAUCUAAAAAUCGGAAGAACGGCGACGAGGAAGAGGAGGAGGACGACGGAAGCGAAGAAGACAGGGAGGAAGAGAAGCCGCAUCCCCCAGCUGCCGCCCACCAGAAGGCGGCCGCCACCGGCGGUGCGAUGGCGGUCAGAUUCGACCUCCCUCCGCACCCUGCCCCAUCCGGUGACGGGCCAGAUAAAAAGAAGAAGAAAAAAAAAAAGAAAAAGAAGAAGAAUAAGAAGCAUGACGAGGCGGCGGCGGCAGCGGCAGCGGCGGCGCCACCUUGUGGCGCCGGAGCACCGGCGAACACGGGAAACGAAGCGUGGAUGGUGGGCCCACCGUACUAUCCCCACAUGUACCCUCCCCCAAGUUACUAUCUCCCUCCUCCUCCUCAUCAUCAUCAUCCCCUUCCUCCUCCGCAACAACAAACUGCUUACGUGGUGAGUUAUAAUAAUAAUAAUAAUGCGGCGACGCACCCCGGCGGCGGAGCAGCGGCAGCGCACUACUUGGCACCGCCGACGUAUUACACGCGAGCGGAGGUCCGGGCGAUGAGAUGUCGGCCGUUGGAUUCGUUUGAGGUUUUGAGCGACGAGAAUCCUAACGCCUGCUCUAUUAUAUGAUGAUCAUAUUAGUAAAUUCUUUGGUGUGUGUAACUAUUAUUUCUCUAUGGAAUACUCCCUCUGUCCCAUAAAAUCUUUCUUCUUUC